GCGGCAAGAAGCCGAAGAUCGCGAGGCGGACAGACACGCAACCAACCGCCUGAUGCUGGGCAUGUCCUCUGAAGGAUCCGCCAAGGCCCUCUAUCCCAGCCCCCAGGACGCCUCCCUCACUCCCUUGCCCUCGGUCCAGAUGCAGAACUCCAGCCCUUCGCUACCCGCCGUCCUUAUAGUAGUCUGUGCCAAGUUCAUUCCAAUUCCUACCUAUGGCAAGUUCAUUCCAAUUCCUACCUAUGGCAAGUUCAUUCCAAUUCCUAACUAUGGCAAGUUCAUUCCAAUUCCUAACUAUGGCAAGUUCAUUCCAAUUCUUACCUAUGGCAAGUUCAUUCCAAUUCCUAACUAUGGCAAGUUCAUUCCAAUUCCUACCUAUGGCAAGUUCAUUCCAAUUCCUACCUAUGGCAAGUUCAUUCCAAUUCCUAACUAUGGCAAGUUCAUUCCAAUUCCUAACUAUGGCAAGUUCAUUCCAAUUCCUACCUAUGGCAAGUUCAUUCCAAUUCCUACCUAUGGCAAGUUCAUUCCAAUUCCUAACUAUGGCAAGUUCAUUCCAAUUCCUAACUAUGGCAAGUUCAUUCCAAUUCCUAACUAUGGCAAGUUCAUUCCAGUUGCUCUCUGUGCCAAAUGA